AUGAGUGAGCAAAUCGUCCACCCCCGCAUUUCUGCGCGAUACCUGGACAGCUUCGUUGGCCGCCAUGUCAUGCUGGUCGGCAAGGUGCUCCAGGUGCAAGGAAAGCAGGCUACUGUCGAUUCCGAUGGCACAGUCACGGUCCUUCUUGACCAGCUCUCCGAGGUCGUCGGUGGAAGCUGCGUCCAGGUUCUAGGCAAGGUCAACUCAGACUUGACCAUCAAGUCGUACCAAGCUCAAGAUCUAGGACCAGACGUCGAUCUCGGGGUUUAUGCCGCUGUGGUUGAGGCCACUCACAAGCACAAGCAGCUCUUCGAUGACGACGGCCCGGCCGGCAGGUCCUCCCCGGCCUCCGACUCCGAACCACCAUCCUUGAACGAACCAAGCUCGCAGGACUCCUCCGGGCUGUCCACCUCCACCUACCCUCCCUUCCCGCAGCAGCAAGCCCCCGUUCUACUGGCGUACGACUCCUCAAACGACACCGCAUCAUCACCUCCUCCGGCCAACUCCUACGAGGACUACUACUACUCCAUACCAUCCGCCCAGCCUCGCACCCAUCACUACUAUCCCCGGAUCACCCACUCCAUCUCCGCAACCGAGAGCUCGACGCAGCUCCCCUCCCCCCCAGACUCCGAUUUCAUCCUCUCUCCCACCCCGCCAGAGCAGAGCCAGCAGCAGGCUCAAGGCCCGCUCCCACAAAGGGGCGGGCAACUCUUCCACGACAGUUUUGAUCACGCACAUUCAGCUUCUUCUCGACUAAACCCGCCCGCACGCCAAUAUCCCAGGCUGCCAACGUCGAAGAAUGAUGCCGAAAACUUCAUUGACGAUGACGAAGAUGACGCAGCCCUCAACUCGAUUCUUGAUGGUGUAGGGAAAAUGCACAUCACGAUGGGACGGGAUAAUUCAGGACGGUGGCGGAUCAGGCGCACAGGCGACACUCUCGACUAA